UUCUUUCAUUCUAUCUCGUACACUUUGUGUUUGAGCGCUGCAGCUGUAUUUCGCAUUCAACUGAAACGGAGAGACGGAGAGAGAGCAGCAACAGCAGCAGCCAUACACACAGUGAGCACUACGCUUGAAAGUGAUUGUGUUUCUUUUGUUGAUUAGACGCAGAAAAAUAACAAAACAAAGAGAAACAAUCGAAACGAUACGACGAAGAAGGCAGAAAUAAUUUUUCUUGCAAUUCAGUUGCAAUAAAAAAAAUUGUAAAUUCUUGACACCAAAAAUUCCAUCGAAUUCAAAGUGCAAUUCGUGUAGAAUUCUAGCGUGAAAUUUAUUUUAUGUGGAAAAAUACAAAAAUACGAACAACAACAACAGACGAGAGAAAAAAAAAACAUAUGAAUUUAAUGUGUGUGGAAUAAAGUCGUCUAUUUGACAUUUUCAAUUUUUAGUGCGUAUUUAAAGCAGAAAGUUAAACAAAGCGAAACAGUGCAUUGUGCAAGGGAGAAAUAAAAAUUAUUGCAACCGAAUAAAAAGUAGGAAAAAAAAUUAAGAAAAAAUUAAUAAAAUGACGGCCACACCACCAAAAAAUGCAGAAGAAUUGCUCAGCGAUUCGUGGAUCGAAUUUAGUAAUAAUGGAAUUAAAAGUCCAGGCCGUGUAACACCGUUGCCAUUUACAUUUGGCGAGGAAUAUUUACGUUUGUUGCGCGAAGCUCAACGUGAAUCAAAUCAAUCGAGUCGUGUUGUAUCGUUGACCAGUUCGAGACGUGAUACGCCAAAAGAAAGCCCAAAAUCACCGCCAAACAGCCCAAAUUUUACGGACGAAGAAUUGCGCGGUGUCUAUGUGAACUAUUGGAACAAAGAAGGUGGCGAAUAUGUGAAUUUUAACAAUGCCGAUUGGAUUUGGGAAUGGAGCAGUCGACCGGAUCAACUGCCACCAAAAGGUUGGAAUUUCCAGCAUCCGCGACGGCGGCCUGGUUAUUCGAUGCGUUUGGCACGCGUUGGCAAUAAUUCGCUAUUUUCACGUGAAGUCCUCUAUUCGUUGUUGCUCACAAAUGUAUUGUCGUUGAUCAUUGGAGCUGGUGUUGGCGUUUGGCUGAGCAAACGUGGUGUUGGUUUUAUCUUUGGCAAUAUCACACAGUUAGAAUGAUUAAUCGCCAAUGAUGUUUAUGUACUAGACGAUGACAUGAAUUUUAUUUGAAAUGCAGCCGAGCGUUGCGCGCAUGCAAGAAUUUUGCCCACAUCAUAAAAAAAAAUACACACAAUCAAAAUGAAAAACCAUCGCAGCAAACAGUAUACAUCCAAUUGCAUUUCCAGCUGUUCAUGCCUUCCUCAACAGACAACGUACUGACCAAAAAAACAUCACGCACAUCAAAUGCUGGGCUUGAUUUUUUUAUUCGCUAAAAAAUCAUCUUUUUUUGUCAACUUUAAAUAGAUUUCUAUCCGUAAACACACAAUAUUUCUAUAAUAUAUAUUAUAUAUUCAAAAUAAUAUCCAAUUCAUGGUGAUGAGAGCUAAACAGAAUGGAACAGAAUUUUAUACGAUUUAAAUAGCUACGCAGAUUAAGUGCAUAAGAUUUUUUAACCGAAAACAAAAACACAUUUUGCAUUCAUUUUUUGUGAAAGAUGAACAAACGGCUCGUUUUAAAAACACGAGCAAACAAUUUUUUUUGAAUAUAUUACAAUUUUCUCUCAAUUUUUGCAAAAGAAAAGAAAAACGAAAACAAUCGAAAGCUUGUCCUUUGAUAACAAUAUACUUUUUCCGCGUUUUUUUUUGUAACCAAUUUUUUUUGUCUUGCACGAUAAUAUUAUAGAUUAUAUAUACACAAACACACACGCGAGAGAAAAAACGAUGGAAAAAACCAUGAAAAAACUCUUUUUACUAUUUUACAAUUUUUAGUAGUUUCAGAGAGUUUCAAGACUUAAGCGUGAAAUUAAAUGAGAAACAAACAAAAACAAAAAAGAAAGAAAGAAAACUAGAGAAGACAACCUAAAGAAAAUCAAGUGUCGAAUAUAAUGGCAGACUCUUUUGCCACUUAGAGAAAAUUGAUUGAUUGAUUGGGUCAAUAAUCGGUUAAUAGAUUGAUAAAUGUAUCACGUUAUUUAUAUAAAACUGCAACAUAUAUUUAGAUCUAAGCAACUGAAAUGUGAAACAAAAAAAAAAUUCAAGAAACAGAAAGGAAAAAAAUGUCAAAAAAUCUUGUAGGAAAUUAGACGAAGAUGUCUUCUUUUUUUCGUUUGGUUAAAUCCCAUGCAUUAUUAUUCAAUGUUAUAAUUUUGUUUAUAAGAAAACCAAUUUUUUGAUCUUAUUCUUUUUUUAAUUGUGAAAUAAAGAGUCCAAAAUCGAAGAAAACAA